GGUUUUGGGUUUAACGAGUGGUCGCCAAAAGCCACCAGGCGAAGGGUUUUGAGGACUCGGGCUCACGGCGGGAGGGCGAGCGUCUUGGACCGUGCAAUUCGUUGCCAGGGCCACACGUACACAAUGCUGGGGGCGUCAGUGGUGAAAGCUUAUUUGGGGUUGUCACUCUCAACCGCGCCACUUCGAAUGCACCGGGCGUGCGUGCUCAAGUUCCCCACCCACCCCCUCCUCUCGCUCGCAACACCGUCGGAAGCUGUGGUUCACAAGGCAGGCGUGCGCAUAAAGAGCGACACUUCUUCCAAACUCUUGGAUAUUAAGUCUCUCGAGCGCCUUUUGACAAUUCACCGCUGGAUGAGGGUCGACCCGCGCCAUGCGGAUCGUUGAUGUUGAUUGAACAUACCUGACCGUCCUGGAAGUGUGGGAUGGCAAUUUACGUUGUAUCAUAAGGCUGGUUCAAGAAGUAUUGCCUUCCACUCGAGUUUAAAACUAAAUCAAUCAACAAAAUAACAUUCUUCCCAAUCAAGUUUAUUGACGCAGGAAAAUUAUUCUCCCAAUCGCAUGUUUGAACCGUCAUAUCUCACUGGCAAUCGUGACCGAUCCACGCAUGGACAACAACAAUGGUAUGGUUUGCUUUCACCUUCCAACGUGCUGAAUGUUGAUCAAGAUUCAGCUUUGAGAGAAAAGGUUUAAAAAAAGUGGUUGCAUUUUCCCCUACAACGCAAGUUACCUGUGUCACAUCCGCCUUGGAGGAGAUGUCCAUAUUAGAGAAUGAACCAGAAUUAUUUGCUUAUGCUGGAGGCGAGCUGCAACGCAGCCUGAGCGAUAGAGUGAGAACUGGAGAUCGUGUCAAUGAAUCGAUGGGCAAAUUGUACUUGCAAAAGGCGAGGCUUGCAGAUGAUCGACAGGGGUGCAAAAUAGAUACCAAGAUUACGAAUGAACGGUCUGGCCUCGAGAGAAAAGGUUUGGCAGGCAGACAAAACUGCCACAAUCUUGAGCAGGCAUCAACGGACAGAAGUUGUUCAUAUUUCGAUGGCAAUAUCGAGGAUAUGGAACAAGGUGGGGAAAUUAAAUAUUCACAUGGAAGAAAAACACCAGACAAUGUUUCAGAAUUAAAAGCAACAGUGGAAGCCUUGCAAAAUUCAAUUUCAUAUUUGGAAGACGAAAACACAAGUCUCCAUAGAGAACUCAGGGACAAGAGAGUAGCCACAUGCAUGAACGCCUCCGAGAUGUGUCCCAACAAAACCGUAGUGGUAUAUGAAAGGCCAUGGGAAUAUACAGUGACAUCGAAUCCGCAUAGCCACAUUCUUCCAGAAACGAAUUGUGACUCCACAAUGGCAAGACGGGGUUGUGAGAUUAAUUCACAUUCGAAGAUGGGGGAACUAAAGAUGAACGACCAAACUGUUGAUGUUGAAUUGGAAAGUGAUGCGUCCACAAGCGGAGCCACUAAUGAUUAUAGCAAUAGAGACAAUCUACGUGUGGCUUCAGAAAAUAACAAAGAUAUGCUCCUUUUGCGAGGUCAGAAAAUGCACAGUGAAAACAUGGCGAAUCAAGAUGGAGAGAGUAAUGGAGAUUCUGACAAAAUGUCGCUGCUAAGAAAACUUUCUGAAGCUGAAAAGCAAAGGAAAUCCUGCUUGAGGGACAUGCGAAGGUUGGCGCAGAAAUACGAAGAGUCGAGGGAGCAGCUCAAUGUGCAGAACGCUGCACUCGAGCGAGCGCUGCAGGAAAAACACGCGUUGUUCCUGAGCCUAAAAAAACGACGGGAGGAGAACGAGUCAUUGUCAUCGAUGCUGAGAGAAACGAAGCAAGAAAAACAAAAACUGCAAGAUGCUUUCCAGAGGGCUCGCGAGGAGAAUGACGGGGGCAAUCGAGCGGCACAGGCAUCGCGGGAGGAGUGCCAGCACCUGACAGAGGCAGCGUACAGGUUGAUCCGGGAGAAGCAACUUCUGGAGGAGAUGGAGGCUCAGCUGAGGGAAGACCUGGAAGACUGCAGGCAUCGGCUGCACCAGAGUGACGAUGACAUCCUUGACCUGCGUGAGAAGGAACAGCAACUCAUAGCCGAAAAAAAGGAAUUACUCGCAAAGAUGGUGACUGAGAGAGAAGAGAAUGAGCAGUUGGAAGCGGCAAUGAUGGAAAAAGAACGGGCCAACCAUUGUGCACGGAAGGAGCUGGUGGAGUUACGACAGAGGUGCAAUGCCACGGAGCAGAAACUCCAAGCCGAACUGGAAGAAGCCCGCCUAGGGCAGAGCAUGGCGGAAAAGAGUGCCCAGGGUAUGCGUGAGGAGCUCAGGGCCACAGGGUACCUCGUGCAGGCUCUCAAAGAAGAAAAGCAGCUUCUGCGGAGAGAGGUGGCUGAGACCAACAGAGCCAGGGUGCAGGCAGAAGCUGAAGCUAAACGAAGCAGGGAGGCUUUGCUUCAGGAGGAGGAGCUGGCUCGGGAUGCACUCCGAGAGAAGGAAAUGAUGGAGUUGGAACUUCAGCAACUCCGUGCGGACUACCUGCACCUGAGCGACAGGAUCGCUAUACGCCUGGGAGAGAUGCACAUUGAGGGGCAGCUCGAAGGAAAUGAGAAUCCCCCUGCAGAUGACGUCGGUGAUGGGGAUGGUGUAGGGAAUGGGAAAUGACUUUCCAGCAUGGCCUGUUCUAAGAGAGUACAUUUCCAUGGCUGUAUAUAAAUUACUCCUCAAUUUAAAUAUCUUUAUUCAAAUCCGUGCAUGGAGGUUAAACUAAAAUAAAAGAUUAAACAAUCUAUACUUAAAGCAUAGGGUUUUCUCAGUAAAUAUUUCGAUUGAUUUUGACUUAAAACUUUCGUGACUGCAGAAAUUCAUAUUCUAUAGUUCUGUUGGUAAAGUCACGUAGAUAGGAAAAAAAAAUAACAAUAAAAUAAUAAAAAUGAAAAUAAAGUGAAUAAAAAAUAAUAAAAGUAUGAUUAUUUUUUUUAUUAUAUCUACGUGACUUUACCGAAAGAACCAUAGAAUAUUACGAUUGAUCAUUUAUUUACUUGUGUAAGGCCACAUAACGAUGUUUACCACAAUCAAGAAAGUCAAAAUUAUCUUGACUUUAUGGAUUGCUACUCUGAAUAUCUGGAUGUUGUCCUGAUGAUGCGUUUAGAGUACUGUAUUUAGCUGUUAUAGAUUUCCACGUGUAAGCCACUUCGUUGAGCUACUAUUUGUGGCCACGUCGCUUCUGAAAAAGAGCUUAUAGCUCAGUGAGCCUAUCUGGUAAUUUUUUUAAAGUUUUAAAUAGUGAUAUAGUUUCAAACAAAACGUCAUAUCAAAUUGCUAAAAUUGGUUGUGAGUAUUGUCCUUUGAACUUACCGGUGAGCCAAAACAAUAAUCAUCUGCAAGUUAAAUGCUUGGAGACAACGUGGCAAUUUGUUUGGCUGUGUCAGGUGGUGGGAGCCACUUAACAGCAUGGAUUUGGUCAUACAAUUAAGUUGCCUAACCAGGGCACCAGGGACCGGUUUCGUUGAAGACUAUUUUUUCACGGACCGGGGGGGGGGUCAUCAUUGGGUCUUUCCCCCUUUUCAAAGAAGCUCUCAUUUGGGGUUAGCUUGUGGGCUUACCAAAACUGUGACUGAGACGAGUGCGCAGUGCGGGAAAGAGGCGUGGACGGAAGUGGUCAAUAAAAUAAUGGACUUCUCAUAAGGAGUGCGCAACCUAGAUCCCUCGCAUGCGCAGUUGACAGUAGGGUUCGCGCUCCUAUUAGAAUCUAAUGCCGCCGCUGAUCUGACAGGAGGCGGAGCUCAGACGGUAAUGCGAGCGAUGGGGAGCGGCUGUCAAUAACAGAUGAUGAAGCUCCAUCAUCUGUCAAUAACAGAUGAUGAAGCUUCGCUCGUUCGCCCACCGCUCACCUCCUGCUGUGCGGCCCGGUUCCUAGCGACACGGACCGGUUCCAGUCCGUGGCCCGGGGGUUGUGGACCCCUGUUCUAACCCAAGAAAUCUGUCAUAAAUCAGACGAAAUAUAGUGCCAUAUUGAAAGAUGUGCUGAUAUAUAAAAAAGAAUGUGCCAGAAGCACAAUCAAAUUAAUAUAACUACAGUGUAGGAAACACAUGUUGGUAUGUAACCAUUCAAGUCUGCUGGAUAAUUUUAUGUUUAUACAUUUGCUUCAACAAAACAGAGCACUUAACCAAGGUCGUAUUUAAAAAUACACCGUGGCUCACUUGGUGUAACGUGCUUUCAAUACCAUCCUAAGUUGCAAAAGUUUAUCACAUUUAGGUAUGUUUGAUUACACUUUUCAUACAUUUAACACAUUAUUUAACUUACAUUGUGACUUAUAAUAGUGUUGCUCUAUUUAAAGUCAAUUUUAAAAUUUCUACAGUAUUUAGUUUGAGUGUUAAUACAAUUAUAUUUAUAUUUUUGCAGCCUAUAUCAAUUUCAUUUACACGUUUUUCAUUACAAAAAUAGCUUAAAGCUUCUGUGUUUUUAAUUGUGUUUUUGCCAUUGCAUUUCUAAUCGGUAUUCAAAUGAUAUUUUAAUGCAUAAAACAUAAAUUUUUAUUCUAUAGGUGAAAUUAUAUCAGUGUGAAUAAAAUGCUCGCAGCAA